AUGGCUGCAGCAACCCAGGUCCUCCCCGACGGCUAUGUCCUCAACGAAAAGGGCACCCACGCCGACUUUACCAAGCCCAUCGAACAAUCCCUCAACGAUGACCGCCACUACCGUCUGAUCCGCCUCAAGAACGACCUCGAGGUUAUGCUUAUCCAGGACCCCAACGUCGACAAGUCAGCUGCCGCACUGGAUGUUCACGUCGGCCACCUCAGCGAUCCUAAAAAUUUGCAAGGAUUGGCCCACUUUUUGGAACACUUGUUGUUCAUGGGCACAGCCAAGUACCCCAAGGAAAACGAGUACAGCGAGUUUUUGGCGCAGCACUCGGGCAUGUCGAACGCUUUCACAGGACUCGACAAUACCAACUACUACUUUGAGGUCGGCCAUACUCACCUCCAGGGUGCAUUGGAUCGCUUCUCCCAGUUCUUCAUCUCACCCGCCUUCAGCGAAAACUGCAAGGAUCGUGAGCUGCGUGCAGUCGACUCGGAGCACAAGAAAAACUUGCAGAGCGAUAGCUGGCGACUUUUCCAGCUUGAGAAGAACCUCUCCAGCCCCGAUCACCCUUACCACCAGUUUGGAACAGGCAACUUGGAGACACUGGAGGAGGCACCUGGCCGUGAGGGCAUUGACGUUCGUGAUGAACUGAUCAAGUUCCACUCAAAGUACUACUCUGCCAACAUCAUGAAGCUGGUCAUCCUUGGACGAGAGCCUUUGGACCAGCUUACGCAAUGGGCAAUUGAAAUGUUCUCGGAUAUUAGAAACCUUGGAAUCCAACCCCCAGCCAACACGAACCCCCCAUGGACUGCAAAGGAGCUCCUGAAAACGACAUAUGUCAAGCCCGUCAAGGACGUUAGAUCGUUGGAGAUCAAGUUCCCUUUCCCCGACCAAUAUCCUUACUACACCAUCCACCCUGCACGCUACAUCACCCACGCCAUUGGGCACGAAGGAAGCGGAUCUAUUCUUUCGCUGUUGAAGAAGAAGGGUUGGGCCAACAACUUGGCUGCUGGAACAUCACACGGAGGCAUCGGAUUCGAGUUUUACAAGAUCACCGUCGACCUGACCAAGGAGGGUCUUGCCCGUUACGAGGACGUCACUUUGAUCAUCUUCCAGUACAUUGAGAUGCUCCGUCGUGAGGGUGUCCGACCCUACAUCUGGGACGAGAUCACAUCGUUGGCAGCAACAUCGUUUAGAUUCAAGGAGAAGUCUCCCGCUUCUGGAUACGCGUCGCGCUUGGCAGGAGUGAUGCAGCGUGGAUACGCACCUGAGUGGGUUCUCUCUGGAUCGUACCUGAUUCGCGGUUCAGAUCCCAAGACAGUCAUGGAAGGAUUGAAUGCCCUGAGAAUCGAUACCUGGAAGAGCCAUCUCGUCGCACAGGACACCUCUGUUGUUCCCGGAGGAGCGUUCGAACAGACCGAAAAGUGGUACGGGACCGAAUACCACGUCGAAAACGUGUCACCAGCUCUUCUUGAGAAAUUGAGCAACUUGGAGUUGGACCCUGCACUGCACUUGCCUGGGCCCAACGCAUUUAUUCCCGAGAACUUCGAGACAAACAAGGUCCCAACAGAGACUCCUUUGACGACCCCCGUCUUGAUCAAGCACACUCCUCAGACCAGGAUCUGGCACAAGAAGGAUGAUGUCUUCUGGGUCCCCAAGGUCAACCUGUAUUUCCAACUCAAGUCUCCUCUCUCCUACUCGUCCCCCAGUAACAACGUCAAGACCCAGCUCUAUGUCAGCUUGCUCAAGGAUGCCCUGACCGAGUACUCUUAUGACGCCGACCUUGCUGGACUCUCAUACUCGCUUGAUACCACCGUCGAGGGAAUGAUCCUGAGCGUAGAGGGUUACAAUGAUAAGGCCCAUGUGCUGCUCCAGAAGGUCGUUGAGAAGAUGAAGACCCUCGAGAUCGACCCCGAGCGUUUCCACUUGAUCCAGGACCAGAUGGACAGGAUGUACAAAAACUUCAAACUCGAGGCACCCCACCAGCACGCCAUGUACUAUAUGUCAUACUUGACCCAGGAGAAGCUCUGGACUCAGGAGGAGAAGCUUGCUGAGCUCAAGGAUCUGACCCCUGCUGACAUUCAGGCGUUCUACCCUGCAUUGCUCGCGCGUCUUCACAUCGAGGGUCUUGUCCAUGGAAACAUGGCGGCGGCGGAUGCUCUUAAGGCAGGAACGAUCAUUGAGGAAGGAUUGGCACCCAAGACGCUUGUGCCCUCGGAGCUUCUUUCGCAGCGGUCGCACCUCUUGCCCGAUAGCUGUAAGGCGGUCUACAAGCGUGAUGUGCCCGACCCCGAUAAUGUCAACUCUGGACUGGAGUACUACCUGCAGAUCGAGAAUGCGGCGUCCAAGGUCAGCCGUGCCCGGAUCCAGAUCAUGGCUCAGAUCAUCAACGAGCCUUGCUUCAACCAGCUCCGUACCAAGGAGCAGCUCGGAUACCUUGUCUUCAGCGGUGUCCGCAAGCAGACUGGCGCGACUGGUCUCCGUUUCAUCUUGCAGUCGGAGCGUGAUCCCGUGCACUUGGAGAGCCGUGUCGAGAGCUUUUUGGAGACCAGGAUGAAGACGUACCUGGACGAGAUGAAGCCUGAGGAGUACGAGAAGCAGGUCAACUCGUUGAUUCAGAGGAAACUCGAGAAGGACAAGAACCUCCGAACAGAGACCUACCGGUACUGGGGUCAGAUCGUGUCGGGAUACUAUGACUUUGAGGAGCUCCAGGAUGAAGUUGAGGAGAUGAGACGGACAACGCUCGAGAUGAUGCGCGAGUUCUUCCAGACGUCGAUUUUGCCCUCGGCUCGCAAGUCCAAGAAGCUCUCGGUCCAUAUUCAAUCACAGAAGGUGCCCACGGUGGCUACGCCCCCAGCGCCUAAGGAGGGCAAGGCACCAGUGGAGAAGCAGGAGCCGGCCACGUUGAGGGACGGUACUGUGAUGAUUGAUGAUUUGGUGGGCUUCAAGGCUGGGCUUGAGCUCAGCCGUGCGCCUUACCCUGUUGUUGAUUUGCUUCGCUAUGCCAAGUUGUAA